AUGCCAUCUCUUACGACCAUUUCAGCCAUUUCAGUUGGCAUCUUACUCCCUCUGUUCCAAUAUGUAAUCCGCCCGCUCCUCGUCUCCCCGCUCGCCAAAAUCCCCAAUGCACACUUCACCUCCUCCCUCUCCAGCCGAUGGAUUCAGAGCAUUCGCCAGGCUGGCAACGAGGUGCUCACCAUUCACGCUCUGCACCGCCAGCACGGUCCUGUCGUUCGGCUUGCGCCGAAUGAACUGAGCGUCAAUUCCCUGCAUGGUCUUCGCAUCAUCUACACGGGCGCCUUUGAGAAGCAUCCGCUCUACCGCGAACUGUUUCUCAAUUUCCAUACGGACAACCUGGUUGGUAUGGUCCAUAAUGGUCCCCACGCCCGCCAGAAACGCAUGUUGAGUCGAGUCUACUCCAAGUCGUACCUCCAGGAGUCGCCCGAUGUUGCCAUUCUCUCGGCGGUAGUUUUGUCUCAGCGACUGUUUCCCAUUCUGCAGCGAUUGGCUACAGAUGGGGAGACUGUCAAUGUCCUUCCACUUUUCCAGGCUGUUGGGAUGGACUUUACCUCGUCGUAUUUGUUUGGGACGCAAAACGGAACGAAAUACCUCUUCAAUCUGCCCGAGUGGCAGAAGUGGCUCGAGGAGUACGAGAAAUUCAAGCAUCUUAGCCUCGACGAGCGCGCAGACGGCUUCGUGGAAAAGUGGUGUCUCUCUCUGUGUCAACAGACUGAGAUUGCAAAGCCUCAGACCCGACUGAACUCCUCUGAGCCAGUGGUCUACAAGUCACUUCAUGAAGCCUUGGUGAAGUCUCCAGAUUCAAGGCCCCUCGACCUGACGAUCGCCUCUGAGCUCCUCGACCAUCUCAUUGCUGGCCAUGAAACAUCUGGCAUCACCUUUACCUAUGUCAUGUGGGAACUUUCGCAGCGUCCAGAACUUCAGGUGGAACUUCGCCGGGAGCUCUUGAGCCUCGGAACCUCACUGAAGUAUCCAUUCUCGCCUAAUGGUGGCCUUCCGGAUCUCCCUCAUCCAUUUGCAAUUGACUCUCUACCUCUACUCGACGCCAUUGUUCGCGAGACACUCCGUCUACACGCCCCGGCAUCAUCGCCACUGCCCCGUCUCACACCAGAUACACCUGGUGGAACGUCGAUCAAUGGCUACGAUGGUAUUCCUGGAGGAAUCACGGUAGCUUCGUCAGCAUAUACUCUUCAUCGAAUUGAGGAAGUGUACCCGCACCCGGCUGAAUGGCUUCCAGAGCGCUGGAUCAAUCCAAGCCCAGGAAAACAGCACGACAUGCGCCGUUUGUGGUGGCCAUUCGGAAGUGGAGGUAGGAUGUGCCUGGGGAGCAAUUUUGCCUUGCAAGGUAUACUUGACGUUACCCGGUCAGCAUCAUAUGAGCUGACAUCAUUACAGAAAUCAAACUCAUCAUGGCGGCUGUAUAUACAAACUAUACGACAUCUAUUGUCGAUGACGAGGGCAUCGAGCAGGACUUUGAAGAAUUCAUCUCGCUACCAAAAGGACGAAAGCUGGUGCUGA